UACACUUGUUGUGCGUUAAAAAUUUUAGUUUGUUAUUUUCCUGCUUCGUUCUUUCCUCUCUUCUUUCUUUCCUGCUCGUAUUUAGUUUCUCUCUGCUUCUUCCUGUUCCUGCAUUCAAUUCUCUUUCCUCGUGAAAGAUCGUCUGAUAUGGCCGAUAGGUCUGAAUGCAGGACCAUGGAAGACUUCCUGCGUAAUUUCACCGCCGAAGAAAUCAAGGUUGCCGGCGAAUUUCUGUACAAUUGGUUGCCGUUUGUCACUGAAGGCCUCUGCGGACGUUGCACUCGGAUAAUCGGCGAUCGCAUCUCCUCACUCUCCACAGGCAUGGAUGUCGAUCAACACCAAGACGAGCACGAGAAGUGCAGUGCCCAUUCUGGUCACAGUGCUGAAAAUAAUCACGACGAUCAGGAUAGUGAUCCACUGGGCAGUUGGAAAGAUGAAGCUGAGUAUCUAUCAGAACAAAUGGGUGAGUUGCAAAUGCCGAUUGUUUCGAUCAGCUCUUCGCCAUCUCCUGCUAUAUCUACAGUGAAGAAGUCCUGGGCAGAUAUGGCUACAGAGGAUGAUCUUGCCCUAGAAGAAACUGAUAAAGGUGGAUCUAACUAUGUGAAUUAUUCUUCAUCAGAGCCAGAAGCUUUGGAGGUUGAAGGUAUCAAGCCAAAGGUCCAACUGUCAAGAGACCAACGGGAGUACAUCAGAUUCAAUAAUGUCCAGAGGAAGAAGGAUUUCAUAUCCUUGGAGAGAAUUAAUGGAAAGCUGGUGAACAUACUGGAAGGACUGGAGUUACAUAAAGGUAUCUUCAGCGCAGCCGAGCAGAAGAGAAUUGUUAAUUUCGUUGAAGAGUUACAGGAGAAAGGAAGGAAUGGGCAAUUGAAAGAGCGCACGUACUCGGCACCAGUGAAGUGGAUGAGGGGAAAGGGACGCCAAACUCUUCAAUUUGGUUGCUGCUACAAUUAUGCUACUGAUAAAAAUGGUAAUCCACCAGGCAUCAUGAAGAGAGAAUAUGUCGACCCUCUGCCAGAUCUAUUUAAAACUAUGAUCAAAAGGCUUGUCAGGUGGCGCGUGCUGCCACCAUCCUGUGUACCCGACAGCUGCAUUGUGAACAUCUAUGAAGAGGGGGACUGCAUACCGCCUCACAUUGAUAAUCACGACUUUGUUAGGCCAUUCUGCACCGUCUCCUUCCUCAGCGAGUGCGAAAUCCUUUUUGGCUCAAACUUGAGAAUACUUGGCCCUGGCGAGUUUGAUGGCAAAUUCUCAAUCCCCCUGCCAGUCGGAUCUGUUCUUGUACUGAAUGGAAAUGGAGCAGACGUUGCCAAACACUGCGUCCCUGCAGUUCCCCACAGAAGGGUGUCGAUUACGUUCCGAAGAAUGGAUGUUUCUAAACGGCCGUACGGUUAUGCACCAGAGCCGGAUUUGGUAGGGAUCGAGCCGCUGUGGGAUGAACCGCACAACAACGACGAAUCAAACAAGCUGUCGAACGAAGCUGACAACAGAUCUUCUAUGGUGGAAGUGGAAAGCAGAAGUAAGAAUUCAGACGAAGGAGAUGGAUGGAAGCCGUACAGUUCGUCGAGAACGCGACGGGGUUACCGGAAGCCAAUUGCUGGAAGCAGCUCGGGCCCCCGUUACUCUGGCCGGAGCCGUGAUAAUUGGCGCAGGCCUCGCCGCGGCGGCGGUGUUGGUGGUGCCAACUGAUGGAAGUAAAUUAAAUGGUGCAUUAUCACCAUUGUUGUUGCAAGGCAGAGGGGCAGGCAGGGAAGAAAAGGUUUUUCUGGGACUGCUUUAUUGUUCGUCUUUCUGAGUGACUUUGUCAAACUUAAUGUCGAUUUUGUGUUUGUGUCGUCGUCGUGUCUGCAUUUUUAUUCGAGAGUAUAUAUUGGUUAUUUUAAAUAUAUAUAUAUAUAUAUAUAUCUAUACAUUGGAGAGUGGUUAUGCAAUUGAUUUUUCGGAUUCAAGCUUUUGUAUAUAUAUUUAUAUUUUUAUAUAUAUAUAUGUAAAUUUUAUUUAUUUA